CAGAUUCCAACUUCCUGAAACCAAGGCUGUUUAUGAGAAACAGUAUAUUUCGGAGACGUUGUACUGGAAUUAAUUCUUUCCAGAGUCAGAUUUGCUGGAUCUUAAAGUGUUUUUCCUCUUCUUCGAGAUAAAAGAGAUACACCAUGGAUUUUCAAGAUGGUGGAAAGAGAAGGUGGCUUUCCUGGCUAUUCCAUGGCAUGAAAUCAAGCAAGCAGAUAUGCACUUCUGAGCAAGGGCCUCCGGGAAUCACCAUUCUACUUUCUGUGCCUAUGAAUUUGAUUACUUUGGAUCCCUCAUAUUCUCAUACUUUGAUAAUUCAAUUCUAUGUGCACUAGAAGAGUGUCUAAAGCAGACAGAAGCUCCCCUAUCCAUUCUGGGAAAGUCAGAGAGAGGAUAAUUUCCUUUGUUCUGUUUACAAGGUAAUUGAUCACCAUAGACCCAGGGACACUCGAUUCAUCGUCCAGGAAGGGUAAUCAUCAUGAAUAAUCAAAAAGCUGUAGCUGCACUACUGCAAGAGUGCAAGCAAGUGCUGGACCAGAUCUUGUUGGAGGCGCCAGAUGUGUCAGAGGAAGACAAGAGCGAGGACCAGCGGUGCAGAGCUUCACUCCCCAGCGAGUUAAGGACCCUGAUCCAGGAGGCGAAGGAAAUGAAGUGGCCCUUCGUGCCUGAAAAGUGGCAGUACAAACAAGCCAUGAGCCCAGAGGACAAAACAAACCUGCAGGAUGUGAUUGGUGCCGGGUUGCAGCAGUUACUGAUGAUGUCAUCGAGACUAGAGAUGUCAAGUGACCUGGCAUGGGAAGAAAUUAGUGAAGCUGGGAAACAAACCCAGGUGUCCUUGCGAGCCUCCAUCGUCGCUCAGGACUGUGCCGCCGCGGCCGCUCUGGUCUUCUUGAUGGACCGCUUCCUGUACGGGCUAGACGUCUCCGGGAAGCUCCUGCAGGUGGCCAAAGGUCUCCACAAGUUGCAACCAGGGACGCCAAUCGCCCCGCAGGUGGUUAUCCGUCAAGCCCGGAUCUCGGUCAACUCAGGGAAACUUUUAAAAGCAGAGUAUAUCCUGAGCAGUCUAAUAAGCAACAAUGGAGCAACAGGUACCUGGAUAUACAGAAAUGAAAGUGAUAAGAUCCUGGUACAGUCAGUCUGUAUACAGAUCAGAGGACAAAUUCUGCAAAAACUAGGCAUGUGGUAUGAAGCAGCAGAGCUAAUAUGGGCCUCCAUCGUAGGAUAUGUGACACUUCCUCAGCCAGAUAAGAAGGGCAUUUCCACAUCACUUGGAAUACUGGCAGACAUCUUUGUUUCCAUGAGCAGAAAAGAUUAUGAAAAGUUUAAAAACAAUCCACAGAUUAACUUGGGCUUGCUCAAGGAGUUUGACCACCAUUUGUUGUCGGCUGCGGAAGCCUGCAAACUGGCAGCUGCCUUCAGUGCCUACACACCCCUGUUCGUGCUCACAGCUGUGAAUAUCCGUGGCACAUGCUUAUUAUCAUAUACUAGUUCUAAUGACUGUCCUCUAGGAAUGAAAAACUUGUAUCUGUGUGAAGCCAAAGAGGCCUUUGAGAUCGGCCUUCUCACCAAGAGAGAUGAUCAGGUAGUCACCGGAAAACAGGAACUUCAUAGCUUCAUCAAAGCCGCCUUCGGUCUCACCACAGUGCACCGGAGACUCCACGGAGAGACGCACGCAGUCUGUGCCGCGAGUCAGCUCUGUAAUGAAGCCAUGAAGAAGCUGUACACUUUCAGUACUUCCUCCAGAAGUCAGGACAGAGAAUCUCUGUCUCGAGAGAUCAUGUCUGUUAUCAGCCAGGUGAAGGAUCAUUUACAGGUCCAAAGCUUCUCAAAUUUAGAUGACAGAUCUUAUGUCCCAGAGAGUUUCAAGUAUGGAUUGAAUAAACCUAUCUUGCAUGGACAAGUGGAUUUCCAUAAAAUCCUUGAAACCUAUUCACAGCACCACACCUCCGUGUGUGAGGUUUUUGAAAACAUUUGUGGAAACAACAAAAAUAAACAAAAAGACAUAAAAACAGGAGUCUGUAUCACUACUUUAAAAACAGAAACAAAAACCACAGAUACUAUGACUGCUACUCAAGACAAACCACGCUCACAAAAAGGCAAGGGUCCAGAGAUACUCAGAAGGAUAGGAAGGAGAAACUGGACCCAUUCUGAGGCAUUCCGAGUCUCCCUGGAUCAAGAUGUGGAGACUGAGACUGAACCGCCUGACCACAGCAAUGUGGGGGGAGAUGUCUGCAACAAGUCUCUGAGCAACAGCCAGAGCUCCAGUACUUGGAGCAAGUUAUCAGGGCUUAGUUCUUCUUCAAGCUGGGAGGAAGUGAAUUAUCCUAUUGAUGACAGAUCAGCUAGAAAAGAAUCUAGCAAAGAAAAACAUCUUGUGGACACCCAGUGUUCCACUGCCCCGUCUGAGGAGCUGGAGAACGGCAGGGAUCACAGAGCUGUGCGGUCAUUGUCUUCAGAGCUUCACAAUGUUUCUCUCCAAAUAUCCCCAGAUGACAGUUUAAAGCCUUCUCAGGGUCAACCACACAAACGCAUGCCCUUAACAACCUUCUGUCCUCACAACACAACCAACACAUGCUUGGUCUCUGAAGCAGGGCUAUCAGAAGAAGCUCCAGAAGUUGUCCAGGAGGUCCAACUUGCAGGACCUGGCAAUACUUCUGCUCACUUCCAACCCUCAUGUAGUUCUGCUUCUUGGUCUUCUGAUUCUGGUAGAUUCAAGCACAUGGCCUCAUGUCCUUCAAUCCAAGAAGAAGAAGACUUUGAAAUAAUUGAUGAUUUUCCAGAAACCAACUGUGACAUUGAAGACAGACAUGGGGAAGAAAAGGGAAAAGAACUCAAUGAAAAAUAUGUGGGCCCUGUAUUUAAAGAGAGCUUCUUCUGGGUGGACCCAGAAGGAGAAACAGAGGAAAGCGCAAAAGAUAUGCCUUUAGACUCUCGUGUAGUCGUGGGCAGUUCUCAGGGCCACAGUUCCAUGUUAGCAUGUAGCUCUUUCACUUAUCAGCCUGAUCAACAUCCUGACUCAGAGAAGGUGGGUGGUGGCUCAGUCAGGAAGCAGGGCAUUGACCCUGAUGCCCCUACAGAAGAUGAGGAGGGCCACCUCUUUGACAGCACAGAUGUCUGCUCCUCAGGUGGACAUGACUCUCCUAGACCGUGCACCAUGGGACAGCCACCUGGUCAGAAGACUGAGACCCCCAGUUCCUCUGUUAACAGUAACAUUCCCUUUCCUGUGCUCAGCGAGGAUGGUGCCACCACAGAAGAAGGAAAUGAACUGGGACACAUGCUAAACUGCAGCCAGAGCUCCAGCUCAUCCCUUUCAUGGUGGUUGAAGUCACCUACAUUUUCCAGUGGUUCUUCUGAGGGGGAAAGCUUAUGGUCUUCUCUGAAUUCCAGUGGAAGUUCUUCUUCUGUCUCAUCGCUAGGAAAAAUGAGGAAAGAAGUCCUUGAGGCUCGUACCCUGCAGCCCGAUGACUUGGACAAACUCUUGGCAGGAGUGAGGCAUGAUUGGCUGUUUCAGAGACUGGAAAAUACAGGCGUUUUUAAGCCCAGUCAACUCCAACGAGCUCACAAUGCUCUUUUGUUAAAAUAUUCCAAGAAGUCUGAACUGUGGACAGCCCAGGAAACUGCUGUGUAUUUGGGAGAUUACCUAAAUGUGAAGAAGAAAGGCAAGCAAAGAAAUGCCUUUUGGGUUCAUUAUCUCCAUCAGGAAGAAACUCUGGGAAGAUAUGUUGGGAAAGAAUAUAAAGAGCAGAAGGGGCUCUGGCACCACUUCAUUGAUGUGGAGCGGCAGAUGACUGCACAGUACUACGUGACAGAGUUUAACAAGAGACUCUAUGAACAAAAGAUCCCAACACAGAUAUUCUACAUCCCCUCCACAAUAUUACUGAUUUUAGAAGGCAAGACAAUAAAGGGAUGUAUCAGUGUGGAGCCUUAUAUCCUGGGAGAAUUUGUAAAAUUAUCAAAUAAUGCCAAAGUUGUGAAAACAGAAUACAAAGCCACGGAAUAUGGCUUGGCUUAUGGCCAUUUUUCUUAUGAGUUUUCUAAUCAUAAAGAUGUUGUGGUUGAUUUACAAGGUUGGGUGACUGGUAAUGGAAAAGGACUCAUCUACCUCACAGAUCCCCAAAUUCACUCUGUUGAUCGGAAAAAUGUCACUACCAAUUUUGGAAAGAGAGGAAUUUUUUACUUCUUUAAUGACCAGCAUGUGAAAUGUAAUGAAAUAUGCCACCGUCUUUCUUUGACUAGACCUUCAAUGGGGAAACUAAACAAGUCAUAGACUGUGGAUUGGCAAAGAGACAGACCUCUGUACUCACCAACAUCAACUUCUCCUCUCCAUCUAGGCAACAGAACAUGGCACAGCCCCUCUCCUUGAGGCUAGUUGUGGCCAAUGGUUUGUGAGAGGAACUGAUGAGUAUCACUUUCAGGCCUAGAUUUAAUUCUAGUACAAUAUCCUUCAGGGUUUCCUUUCUCUGUCACAGUUACCAAGAAUGUGUCAGGAGGUAGCUACUUAUGAACACAGGUCAGAAACAAAACACUGCCAAGAAAUAAAUUUGGUGCUUAAACCAUUGAGAUUUUGGAGCUUGCUAUCACUGUCUGUUGAGACUGACACUAUUGACUUUUUUCCUAUUGAUUUAGGCAUGUUAUAUAUGUUUAAAAAUAUUCAGGGCUUUGUGAUAUGAAUUCAACAUUUUGUUUGUAUUUUGACAUUUGACUUUGCAUAAAACAUUUGUCUGCAA